CGACGCCCCCAAGUGUCAUUUGGCGCGACAAUGAGUGUACUGAAUGUUUCUAGGCUUACCUAUUCUGCCUAUUUGUUUCGGCUUACACAAUUUGAAGCAUUUCUGUAAAGGGGUUUUCUGUUGGCUUGGAGAAAUGGAUGACAAUCCUUUUUCGCCUGCACUGUAUCCACAUGGUCACUAUGUCGCCUCUGUGUCUGCCUCUAGUAAGAGAAAGACAAUGGAAAAAGAGGCUGCGAAGGCGGUGCGCUCCCCUUAUUUUUGUAUUGAGGGCAAAGGCAACGACAGCAAAAUAGAUAGAAAAGGAAAGGCUAAGGUUGUGGUCUCCCCCUAUUUUAACCAUGAUUAUCCUUGUAAUCCGGGGAUAGAGAUAGAGGUUGCACCCAAGAAUACUGGCAAGGCAAGGGUUGUGCCAGCCUCUGCUAAUGAUAACAGUCAGGGGAAGGAGAAGGAGCAGACGAAGGCGAAGGGGAAGGCAAAGGUAGUGGUGGUUUCUCCUUAUUUUGAUCAUCACAAGUACGUCAAUGGCAAUUAUAAGGUAGUGGUAAAAGAAAAGAAAACAGAGGAAGCCCUUCAUCAUCAGGUGGGAAACCCAUCUUCUUCAUCAUCAUCUCCUUCCCCCGCAGGGAGGGCAGGCGAAGGGCGUGGCAGAGGGCGUGGCAGAGUUAGAUUUAACCCUUUUCUGGAAGCGUACAGGCGCAAAAGAUACAAUUAUUGGACUCCCCCAAAGUCGGUUCAUAAAUUAUUGCAAGAGAGGUACUGUGAAGACCCCUGGAAAGUCUUGGUUAUCUGCAUGCUUUUGAACAAAACCAGCGGGGUCCAGGCAAGACGGGUUAUAUCUGAUUUAUUUAAGCUGUGUCCGAAUGCACGGACUGCAACAAAGGUUGAAACUGAGGAGAUAGAGAAAAUAAUCUGCAGUUUAGGUUUGCAGAAAAAACGGUCUAUCACGAUUCAACGAUUUUCUCAGGAAUAUCUCAGUGAUGAGUGGACAUAUGUUUCUCAAUUGCACGGAAUUGGCAAGUAUGCUGCCGAUGCAUAUGCCAUUUUUUGCACUGGUUUUUGGAAGGAUGUGCAGCCAGAUGACCGUAAAUUGGUACCAUAUUGGGAAGACCUUUGGGAGUCUGAAAUGACUGGAAAUUGAACGUUUUGAAGAAUGUGCAGUCAGAUGACCAUAAAUUGGCACCAUAUUGGGAAGACUUUUGGGAGUCUGAAAGGAUUGGAAAUUGAACGUGAAUAAAUGUGUUGGCUUCUCAAUGAUGAAAAUUGCUAGAUGGUUAGUCGCACUUAAUUUUGUUGCGAGCAGUUGCUGUGUAGAAUGUGUACACAUGUUCCAUACAGAGUAAUAUCUAGUUUCUUUUGCUUCUAACAAUUGUUAUGUACAAUCAACGUUGGCUUGCAAUAAGACUAGGAAAAUAAAACUCUCAUUUACAAUCUCUAACAAUUAUUACGAUUUGCAUGACUUUUGGAAUGCAUAUAAGCUUAUUGUAGAAUUGGUUGCAGCA